CAGCUGUGGAAUAUUAUCACUCGAUUUUCUAAAUCAUAGGCAUCAUGAAGAACGUUGGAGUAAUUGUAUUCACUGUUUUAGCAGUUUUUGCUGCAACUUCUUUUGGUAUUAGUCAAACAUGGGGCAGAAUCGGAUCAAAGGAUAAAAUUAUAUUCUCUCAGCGUGUCUUCAACUACACAUCUUAUUAUGGAAUUACCAGGAAAGUUCAAUUCCCAGAAUAUAAAAAAAACAACAAAUUAACAAUCACAGCCAUGCAAGCUAUUGACAAUUCACGAAACACAACAAACAGCCAUCCAACUCUUAUUGCUGGCGGUCCCGGUUAUAAAUAUAUGACAAUGAAUAUCCAGUGCGGUGGAAAGUCUAACUUGGACUACCAAGUGGUUAUUUACGGAAAGUAGAAACCUAUCCUACUUUCUACCAAAAUAUUAAAUUGAUUGUAUGCUUGAAAACAUUUUGCAAAAAUAAUAAAAAUGUAGACAGUAAAAAAACGUAAAAUAAAAUCAAUUGCAGUUUAAACACAGUUUUUAUUAUUCAAUUAAUUUUUUGUUGUUGUAUAUAAAUUUUUACAAAAAAAUUAUUUUGACGUGUACAUGUGUAGGAACGUAUUAAAAUACCUAGGUUUUCAAAAAUGUCUGAACAAAAUAUUCAACAGCUUAA